AUGGUUCAAGCCCAUGCAGCUGAUUUGACUAAUGCUAUGUUUUUGGGAGAAUCCAUUUUACGCCAUAUGUUAACACAAACAUUAUUUACAGCCUUUGCAGCAAGUGGAUGCUCUACAGGCGCAUUGACUUAUCUACUCUCACCUUAUGUGAAUCAUAUUUACCUUCAUAGCAAAAAUAACGCAGGCAUCACCCCUGACACAGUCAUUACCAUAGAAACACUAGACAUAUUGACUCGUAAAAGACAGACGACGGUUCGAUUACGUGAACUGCAGCCAGUCUACAGCACCUUUUUGACGUGGAAGGUGAAUCCAAAGAUCAAAGAAACGGUACUGGCGAUCGAGAAAUCAUGUCAAAGAUUCUAA